GUGUUGCUUUUGUUAUUGCCUUCAUCAUCACAGAUGAUGAACUGAGAUUUUUUACUCUCGCUCUCCUUCUCUCUUUCUCUCACUCUUGUUCGCUCUAUUCGUCUAUAUCGUCCAUUUUCAUUCUCCGGUUUUUUUUUUUAUUUAUUGUUGUUUGUGUAGUGCGGUUGACGUGUUUUGUGACUGAGUGCCAUUGUAGAUAUUUUAUUAAUUUUUCCACUGUACACAAAAUUCGAAAUAAAUAUUUUCCAUCUCGAACGUCCGAGGAGGCAAAACAAUUUCUUGUAUGCCAUUUCAACAACCGAAAUAACAAACAAUUUUUGUGAAAUAUUUGCACGAAGUUGACGAGUGAAUAUUCUGUUUAAUGUUCUAGGUGUUUCAACGAAAGCUGUAGCAAUGAAUCCAAAUUUUGGCUUUCAUCUGUCAUCAUCAGUACCACUACCGCCGCCAUCAACCAUUCCAUCUCAUUCGAUGCAAAAUUCACAAAUUCCACCGGCACCGGCGGCGAGUCCAACUCAAAGUGUUCCGGGUCGACGAACACCAUUGGGUGCCGUUGGUAUCGGUGGAUUUUAUGCACAAAGCGCUUUAUCACCAUCACAAAUUCAACAUCAAACCGAUGAAAAUUUACCAAGCGGCAGCCGAGAACGGACGCCGCCAAGCCAUCAUCAAGCACCGACUGCUGGUGGUCAAGGAAAGGUGAAAAAUCGACAAGGCAAAUCGGUUAGACUGAACAUUAAUGCAAGGGAACGUAGGCGUAUGCAUGAUUUGAACGAUGCUUUGGAUGAACUUCGAAGUGUUAUUCCGUACGCUCAUUCACCAAGCGUUCGAAAACUAUCGAAAAUUGCCACACUUCUAUUAGCCAAAAACUAUAUUCUUAUGCAACAAAAUGCUUUGGAAGAAUUGCGUCGCCUUUUGACCUACAUUCAAAGUACAACCGGUGCUGCACCAUUAGAUUUAGCAUCAUUCCCAGCUGCCGCAAAAUUGCAACAGUUAUUGAAUACACCAAUGCAAGAUCUACCGAAUUCUCUAUAAAUCAACAUUGAAUGAAACCUUCAGUAUACAACGAAUCGUCCAAAAAGAGCAUUCAAUGACGAUAUAUUGAAAAGAGCAAACCUUCAAAAUGAUGCCAAUCACUUAGAGGCGUCAAACAAUUUAUGAAACUUAGAUUUAUGAAUGUUUAUUUCAUAUAUUUAAUAUCCAUAGUUAUUGCUCCAUACAUUCAAUAUGAACAAUUUAAACUGUAUUUUCGUGUGUGCCAAACUAUGAGUAUUGACUGAUUGCGGUGUGAAACAUUCAAUUUCACCUUGCAAAUUUGAAAUGAAUCGAUUCACUUGCAUUAGGUUAUAAGUGAUAUUAUUACUUUUUUUGACAUAAAUAAGCAAUCCAAUGCCAAAAUACAUACAUCUAGUCUCAAUUCUCAAGUAUAUCAAAUUCAUAAGUAUACAAUAUAUAUCUAUUUUGGUUUUUGUCACUAUCAAAACAUAAAAUGUGAACAAAAAAAAAAUGAACAAAAGCGAACAAAUUAAUUAUUGUCUAAA